AUGGUGAUGUUUAAAGAUCUGACUGGAAACAUUUCUGGCCUCAGGCCUGGGCUUCAUGGUUUCCAUGUUCAUGCUCUUGGUGACACAACAAACAGUUGCAUGUCAACUGUCUACUUGCAGGACCACACUUCACAAUUGUUGAUAAGCAGGUUGUUUUCUGGACAAAAGUGUACCAUCCGAACAUUAAUAGCAAUGGUAGUAUCUGCCUUGACAUGCUUAAAGAGAAAUGGAGCCCUGCCCCGAGUCCCUGACCAUUUCCAAGGUGCAGGGAAAAGAUCGAGUAGUUGUAAGAUGUGUUGCAGAGCAGCUUGGCUUGUUUUGAGCCCCAGAGACGCACUUUCUAAAGUCUCUGCAGCUGUCAUGAGAAAUAAGCAUCUCAAGAGUGGUAUGUCGCAGUCCUAUACAAACCAAAGGAACAAGGAUUUGGAUCGGACGAGUGAGAGGCAGGAUCUUGAAGGAAAGGAGCUAAAGCAAGAAACUACUUUGCAUGAACUGGAGCCGGUUGCUGUCGAUGCUCUUCAUGAACUUGUUUCUUUAGUUCACAGUCAUGUCAAUGCUGCAGAGCAAUAUGAUUUUGAGUAAGGCAAGAUUUUGCUGACCAUUUUGUAAUAGAUGUAGUGAAAUCAGGAUGAAUUGUGAACAAAUUAUACUGCAUAUAGUUAUUGCAGCAGUGGUAUCUCUAGACUAGCCUUAAAGUAGGUUAAAGUUAGGGUUUAUUGUGCAAAACUUUUGAAGCUACCUCAAGCUCUAAUUUUGGAUAGAAAUUAAUGCA